GGUGGUGCACUUGGCUUAGCUGUGUUCGCUUUGGGGGUUGGGUCAGUGGGUUUGGUAGGCAGCCGAGCUGUUUGUCACCGCGGCACGCUUACCUGCUUUAGGGGUUGUUGUUGCCCGGGAGUUGCGCUGUAGCGUUGCUUUCAUUGCUUUGCCUUUCACUUGCCGACUGUCGGACGUAGCGUAAAGUUCUCUUUUGUUGUUGUUGUUGUCGUUGCAGGACCGUAGGAAAGCACCUCAAAUGGUUUAAUUGCAAACGCAACGUGCUCGUUUAUUGAUUUUUGCAUACAACAUCUACAUAAGUAAUAUUAGAGUUCUUGCCAUGAGCGUUAAGUCGAGUGCACGGAUAAAGAAGCGACGCUCGGCGGAGGCAGCAGCCGCAACGGCAUCCCCAGCCUCUGGCUCCUUUGCGGCCAUCAGCAGUCAGCGCGGCGCCGUCGGCGGCAGCAGCGUCGCCAACAACAACAAUAACAACAACAGCAGUAGCAAUAGCAAUGGGAAUGCCAGCAAUGCCAGCAGUGGAGCCAGCGGCAGCAAUUCGAAUGCCAAUCAGAAUCUCAGCAAGAAGCACAAUUUCGUCGGGCGUAAUCCCAAUUUCGAUACGGACGAGACGAAGCUGCUCAUCCAGCUGUGGGGCGAUCCGAAGCUGCAGCGCACACUGAUAACAACGCACAAGAAGCAUGCGGUCAUCUGCCAGCUGGCGGCCAAGAUGCAGGAAUAUGGCUAUCAUCGGUCGCCGGAGGAGAUCACGACGCGCAUCAAGAAUCUCAAGUGUUUCUACAAUCGCCUAAAGAAGGACAAGGAGUACGGCAUGUCCGGCGACACGGAGCCCAGUUGGAAGCAUUUCGCUGAGAUGGAUGCCAUCAUGACGCGUCCCAUAUUCAGUGUGCGUCCCAACGAGGUGCCGGCGCCGUCUCUUAAAUACCAACUGGAGCAGGCACUGGAGGAGCACGCGGAGCGUCGGAAACGCCGCCAGGAGAACGGUGAGGAGCUGUCGGAGAGUGACAACGAGGAAGACGAUAUUCUGCUCUCCUCGCUGGUGCCCAAUGGCACCAACGGCAGUAAGUCCAAGCCAGAUGAUAACGAAGGCGAUGUCCAAGUGGAGGUGGACGGCGGUGACGUCUCGCCCAAGCGGCGCAAGCUGACCUCUGAGAAGGAUGUGGAGGAUGCCGAGGCAGCUACACUCGAGACUCGCAUUAAGACUGAGCCAGUCAGCCAACCGGAGGCGAGUCCAGCGCCCGAGUUGAGCCCAGCAGCAACCGCAACAGCGAUUCCUGCCGCACCUGCCGCAGGUGCCACAGAUCCCGAGGAGGAUGAUGACUGCAUGCUGUUGCCGCUGCCGAAGGAGGAGCCCAUCGAUGUGGAUGCCGUCGAGGAGCCUGUUCCCGCAUCACCCAAAAUUGCCAGCACCGGCAAUGUAGUGGCGCCCACGCGUCCUGUGAUGCCCACGCUUACAGACAUGCUGCAGCUGCCGAAGAACACGAAUCUGCUGCCGUACAGCGGCGCCAAUGUCAUCAUACCGGCCAACAGCAUCAGCACCAGCGUCUCUCAGCUGACCAGCACAACGGCCAGCAGCAGUGCGUCCAGCGGCAAACUCACUCCGGGCAAGAUCUCGCUGGUGCCCACGAAUUUCCUCAUGCAGCCCAAGCAGGCGUCCAAUGCGACAGCAGCGGGCAAGGCGGUGAGCGCAGCUGCCGGGACACAGCUGCAGCUGCUGCAGAGCGCCAUUAAUCAAGGCGCACGUCUGAUGAUCAGCGGCUCGGCGCCCACGCCUGUGCAGGCGACGCCCAGCUCCGGUCUGGUGACGGGCCCCGGCGGCGUCAAGUUUGUGCUGGUCAAUGCAGAGCAGGCGGCGGCGGCCAAGGCUGUGGCAGCUGUGGGCAAGCCGACGGCGGCCGGGAUUACCACGGCAGUGCAGCAGGUGCAACAGCUGCAGCAAUCACAGCAGCAGCAGCAGCAUCAGCAGCUGCAACAGCAACAACAAAAUCAGCAAUUCGAGAAAAAGGAGGAGAAACGUCGCGCCCAGGAAAUGCUGCGCGAGGAGCAACAGUCCAAGCGGCACAUGACAACCAUGAGGAUCAUGCUGCGCCAGCUGCUUAACGCCCAAAACGAGGCCAACGAGAUCCAGCACAAUCGCCUGUCGCUGGAGCGUGAGCGCCUGGACUGGGAGAAGUCAAUGGGUGAACGUUUGCUCACAAUGCUGCCCACGCUGCUGCAGCCGACGGUGGCAACAGCUGCAGCGGCUGCGGCUGCUGCUGCAGGAGUGCCGCCGCCCGCAGCGACGCAUCAGUCGCCGCAGUUCAUAGUCUCGGGCACGGCAGCAGCGGCGGCGGCGGCGGUAUCGGCGGCGCAGCGCUUACAGCCGCCCAAGCUGCUCUUUACCACCGCCCUGCCGAUGGCCAACGGCACCGUCUCCAUGCCCCACAUACUCAAUCCGAAUAGCGCGCUGGCCAGCUCGCUGCCGAAGGUCAUUGGAGCACCGGUGACUGCGUCUGCGGCAUCGGGCAGCGCAGCGGGAGCAGCUGCCAGCAAUGCAUCAAAGACCGUAGAUAUUUGCACGGAUAUUAAUGAGGUACAGCUCGUCACUCCCAAGCUGGAGAAGGACUGUUAAUUGUCGACAAUUCCUUUACUCUCUUUUUUUUUUGAUUUUAUCGCAGUUACCAAGAGAAUACUCAAAUAAACUUUACACUAAAAUGUUUAUUGCUAUCUAAAUAUAAUGUAUACAUAUUUAAUUAAGAUGAUUU